UAACUGUUCGAUGGACGAACCUAGGCAACAAGUAUCCGGGUGUAUCCGGGAUUCGAGUUCUGUAAAGUAAAUUUCUUUCGGUUUUUCAUCAAUUUGCUUCGUAUUGCUGCGACCUUUUCUUACAUAAGACAGUUCCGUGAAGCUACCUCAAAAUGGGGAAACGCCAACAUCAGAAGGAUAAGAUGUACUUAACGUACACGGAGUGGUCGACGUUGUACGGCGGCAGGAAAUCGGGAACGAAUCUGGAGACGAGCGAGGAGAAGACGUUCAGGCGGCUGCCCUACGACCACUGCUGCUUGUCACUCCAGCCGUUCGAGCACCCGUAUUGCGACCCGCACGGCAACGUGUACGAGCUGGAGGCUAUUUUGCAGUACAUAAAGCAGUACAAGCACAAUCCCGUUACGGGGAAACCGCUGGACGCCAAGAGUCUGGUCAAACUGAAUUUUUACAAGAAUUCGCAGGAUGAAUACCAGUGUCCCGUUCUUUUCAAAUUGUUCACAAAACAUUCGCAUAUUGUCGCCAUUAAAACCACAGGAAAUGUAUUCUCCAACGAGGCUGUUGAACAGUUGAACAUAAAAACUGGGAAUUGGAAAGAUUUGUUAAACGAUCAGUCGUUCACGCGUAAGGACAUUAUCACAAUUCAGGAUCCAAAUAACGCGAUGAAAUUCAAUCUGUCUUCAUUCCAUCAUAUUAAAAAUAACAUUAGAGUGGAGGACGAAGAAACCGUGAGAGAGAGGAACAAUCCAAACGCAAAAUUGAAAACCGUAUCAGCAGAGACCAAGGAGAUCCUGGCAGAAUUGGAGAGGGACUACAAGCCGGCGAAGAGCGAGAAGGAUGAGAAGGCAUCUUCGCAGAGGGCUGACAAAUUUAACGCUGCGCACUAUUCCACCGGUGCGGUCGCUGCAGGAUUCACUUCGACGAUAAUGCCGGCGGAGACUACCCAUCAGGCGGCUGUAAUCGCGGAAGAUUUGGUACGGUACGAGAGGGUCAAGAAGAAAGGAUAUGUAAGAUUUCUCACGAACUUCGGGGCCUUGAAUCUGGAGCUUUGUUGCGACCUGGUCCCGAAGACCUGCGAGAACUUCAUGAAACACUGCCAGAACGGUUACUACGACGGCACGAAGUUCCAUAGGUCGAUACGAAAUUUUAUGAUCCAGGGCGGUGAUCCGACUAAUACGGGCAACGGCGGCAAGUCCAUCUGGGGCAAACCGUUCGAGGACGAGUUCAAGCCGAAUCUGGUUCAUCAAGGCAGGGGUAUUCUGUCCAUGGCAAACUCGGGUCCAAACACCAACGGAUCCCAAUUUUUCAUCACGUUCCGAUCGUGCAGACACCUCGAUCGCAAGCACACAGUCUUCGGGAAGAUCGUCGGGGGCCUGGACACGUUGAACGCGAUGGAGAAGGUGGAGGUGGACAAUAAAGAUCGGCCCAUAGAGGAUAUAGUCAUACAGACUGUCCAGGUCUUUGUGGAUCCCUUCCAGGAAGCCGACGAUCAGCUCGCCGCGGAACGAGUUGCCGAGGCGGAACGACUGGCUCAGGAAGCGAGUCAGAACGUACCGGCGGACAAAACGGACAGAAACGACGCUCGGAAGGUCUACCGAUCGGGCAUUGGAAAAUAUGUAAAACUGGAGCAGGAGAAAUCGGACAAAAGGGACGGAAACGCGGAGCCCGUGACAAAGAAGAAGAAGGUCUCGUCGCAGUCAUAUGGAGAUUUCUCCUCCUUUACCUUCUAAUGGAUUAUUCACUGGAAUAAUUAGAAUAUGAAAUGUAUAUAGCGUGCACAUAGUCUAGUAUUAUAUUACAUAUACAACUUUUCUGGCAGUUUACCGUAUGUAAAACCUAUUCAAAUUCUCGUUGAAGAGCCAAGACACGAAAUCAGACCAACAGCAGACAGCUGUUGAAAGACAACGGUAAGAAAUAUCGAUAUAUGUAAAAUAUGUAAAUAUACGAUCCCUCGAUUG